AAAAGAGCCGGAAUUCCCAUCACUACUGACGACGCAGUAAAUGACAUCCGGGUCGUCUGUGGUGACCUUGGUUGGUUGAUCAUCAUGGCGGCCAUCGUCAGGUUGAGUUCUGUGUGUCGCAGAGGAGUCAACCCUCUGUUCUACCAAAGCACCCUGCUGGCCAGACCACUGGUCGUGCCACACAAAUGCCAGGAGCAGCCCCACCUGCUGACAGCCAGGAUCCAUGCGUCACAGGCGCUCUAUGCAGGCUCCGGCUCCAAAGCCGCCUCUCUGCAUUGGACAGCAGAGCGAGUGCUCAGUAUCCUGCUGCUGUCCAUGGGACCCAUAGCUUAUUUUAACCCCAGUCCUGUCAUCGACUACUCUCUGGCUGCUGCCCUGACCUUGCAUGGACACUGGGGUAUCGGGCAGGUGUUAACAGACUACGUUCAUGGUGACACAAAGGUCAAGAUGGCCAACGCAGGUCUUUUCCUCCUGUCCACGGUCACCUUCGCUGGUCUUUGCUACUUCAACUACAAUGAUGUGGGCAUCUGCAAAGCCAUCGCUCUCCUCUGGAGCAAAUGAACAAAACUGUGGACAGGGAAACUUGUGAGGACCGAGGCACUGAGGAGGGAGCUACCAUGUCCUGAGUGGUUGUAAAAAUUCAAGGUCUUCGAUGUAAAUUCUUAUAAAUAUAUAAUUUUGACAAUAUUAUACUGAUUCACAAGUGUGCAAUUGUAGUUAACGUUAAUUAAUUCAGGCUUGUCUCUCUGUUAAGUUUUCGCUCAGUUCGGUUCAAUGAUUUUGCAACCAGGCAUCCAUUUUGUCUUUGAGUAUGCAGGAGAUCAGCUUCUGUUCAGUGUCCAUUAAAUUUAAGCUACGUUCUCCUGUGGAGCUUGAUCCCAAGCUACAUGUCCAGUUAUUUAAAAUGUCACUACCAAUUUCACAAAUAAGAGACACCCAGUAUCCUGAUAUAUAAUCAUUAUAUCUACAGGUGGCAUGCAGUACAUGUUUUCAACAAAACAACUUCCAGAAAGUCUUACAGAGUACUGCUGUUUGACAUUGAAUCUAUUUUUUCAUUUCUGUAUCCAUUUUAUGGUGGUUAUCUUACACGUGUUUCAAUCACAUUGUAUGUACUGUCUUUGCUGUCAAAGCAGUCAGGAAUAACCAGCAUACUCCGCACUGAACCCCACAUGACUCACAAGGUCCAUUCAGUGUCUUUUGUUAUUUAAUACAGCUUCACUGUGUCACUCCGCCUGAGUCGUUUUCCUGUUUGACUGACAGGAGCAGAUGCAUCAGAGAUUGCAUUGUGAAACCUCUACUCUGUCAUGUGCAGUACUGUGGUUUGUGCUGGAAUAAGAGCAGACUGCAUUUGCUUGUGUUGGCUUGUUUAAUUCAGGAGAACUGCUCUGCUGCUUUAUUGAAAGUUUAUUUAAAGUUCAGGUAGGCUAGAUCUGAAAUGCUUCAUAAAUUCAAGCCAUCCAGUAACACUCAACCUACCUGUGGCAUCAGCACAAUGGCUAAUCAAGUCCAGCAGUGUAUAAACUCUUGUUAACUAAGUGUAAAAUCCACAGCAGGGUCUGAAAUUAACAGCUGCAAAAUGCCGUCCUCUGACAAUAAACUAUCACUUGUGACACAGUGCCAGUAAUCUGAAUGAUUCAGUAACAUGUUGCAUCGUGCUAUACUUCAUGUAUGAACUAGGAAAUCCACUGUGUGAGUGAGCAAACUGCACAUUAAGAACCAACACAUUCUGAAAAAAAUCAAAUUUAUCAUUUUACAUUCUUGAGGUCCAACCUCUUUACAAACAAAGGAAAAAAAAUCUGAAUUUCAGUUUCUAAAUCAUUGAGCCUUUAUGAUGAAAUAUAGCUUUCAAAUCAAAACUAUCAUUUACUUAUAGCAUAUAACUGGUAUACACACACACACACUCCUUGCAUGCAGCUUUUGAUGCUAUUGACAUUAUUUUUUGUGUACAGCAGGAAUGAGUGUUACAGGUCAAGUUAAUCGCUCUAAAAUCUGAGGUCUGCAUUCGAUCUGACAGCUUGGUCUGUUUCCUUCAGCAGUUAUCAUAUUUGUAAUAUCUGUUCAAUAAAUGUCAUUUCAGAUGAUACGCACAAAAUGGGAUGUGGCAAGGAAACUGAAAUAAAAUAAAGUUGGCUUUAA